UACAAUGUCAAACAUAAGCUUUGGUCUAUCCUUGCAACUUACACCGACCACUGAGUACCCUUUGAUCUCAACACAGCUUUCAAUUCUAACGUCUGGUUUGGAGUUAGGAGGGUAUUCUAUCUCCAUUUCGAGAUAGACACCUUCGUAGUCCCUAUCACCAACGAACAUCUGAUGAAGCCUCCGGUCAACAUGAGUACUACCAACUGAGAAAGUAGCAUAAGCCUCACUUUCAUUCUCUCUCUAGGUUGAGUUUCAACUCUUCUAUAAGUCUCUUAGUGCUAUCUAGCUCUUUCAGAAUUAGCAACUUUGGAUCUUCCGCAUCCUGACACUUUUCUUAUACUAUGGGAUCUCCUCCUGCACUUUUGCUAGUUCUUGCUCGAUAACAUGUUGUUUCUAUACAAACAAAGAAGAGCAAAAUGCAAAUUUUUAAAGUUAAGAAAAUAAAGUGAAAUAGUCUAUUUGGCCAAGCUUCUUCAAGUUCUCAGGACGCCUAGACUGAGCAGUUGGAGAUUUCACUUGGAUUGUUAUUUCUCUCUUUUUGUCGUUCUGGCUAUGUUGGAACCUUUUAACUAAUCAAAUUAUAUUAUUAAGUGUAUUGUUCUAUUAUGUAUUAUUGUGUUAAAAUUCUCUAGGAAAAGAGCAAGAGAAACAAAGAAAGUCGAAAAAAGUUGACUAUGCCACACACAUCAGGAAGAAAAAGUCAUGCUCAAAUUAUAGAUGAGAUGACAAAGAAGAAUGGUGGUGUAAAGCCAACCCGUAUUCAGGUAUUCAAAAAAACUCACGAGAAAGAAUACUCAACCAGUGAAUGAGAUUGCCGGUGAAGUUAUGAAACAAAUGGAUGAUAUCGCUGAGGUGUAUCCCGAGUUAAAUAUCCCUGGAAGUGCUUCCAACGAUGUGUACUCAAAAGUAAUGGGACCAGACACUCAUGGGAUUGUCAGAACGUUAGGAAAUGGAGCAGCUCCAAGUUUCGUUUAUGGUCCUGUAUAUAAACGAUCUCAAGCUGAAAAAAGAGAUUCUGAUGCACGGGUUGAGUUGGAAGUUCAAAAAGCUACUUCAGCUAUGAACAUUGAGAUGGCGGAAAAGUUGGCUGAAGCACAAAAAGAAAUGGAAGCUAUGGAUAAAAAGUUGUCUGAAGCAAAAGAGGAAGCAAAAGAGGAUAAGGAAGCAGUGGAGAGAAAAUUAUCGGAAGCAAAAAUGGACAUGGAAGUAAUUAUAGCAGAUAAAGUAAAAGAAGGUGUACAAGCAUAUCUAGAGUCUUUGGGCAUUACUAUUGAUGCAUAUACAAAAUCAGGACAGGUUUCUGAUAACUCAAUUGAAGAUCGUCAACAACCGUUGUCACCCAUUUCAUUUGUUCACACAAAAAAGGCUAAGAUGAUCAAGAAGACCGAAACUAGUGUAGUUGACACAAAUAAAUAAAAGUGGAGCUUUUCAGGGAAUUGAGGUCAAUUACUAGCUGCUAUGAAAUGCCCUCAACUUGUGGAUUGGUGAUUUCAUAAAGAUUUAUUACAAAUUUUAUCUUAGAAUUUAAUGAAAUUGAUUUGAAUUAGGCGUUAAAGUUGG